UGUAUACUGUGUUCUAAUUUUGAAUACUACUAAAAUGGCGAACAAAGACAUGUGUUUACUCUGGGGGUCGGGCUCAGCCCCUUGUUGGAGGGCCAUGAUAGUUUUAGCAGAGAAAGGACGUUGGAAAGGAUGCAUGAACAAGAGGCUUGAUUUCUCAAAGGGGGAACAUAAACAGAGCGAUGUUUUGGAGCUUAACCCGCGAGGACAGCUUCCGACAUUUAAAGAUGGUGAUGUUGUGGUGAAUGAGUCGGGAGCUAUCUGUAUGUACUUAGAGGAAAAGUAUGGUGACGAUUCUACCUACAGGCUCUUACCUACUGACGUAAAUGAGAGAGCCAAAGUCUAUCAAAAAAUGUUUGAGGUAUCCAACAUGAUAUCAAACGUCCACGUACCACUUAUUCGGUAUCGGUUCGUGACAAAGAAAGAAGACUGGGAUCUUGAACGCUUAAAAGAGAGUACAAAGAAGGCUAAAGAAGAGCUAGACAGAUGGAACACAAUUUUAGGCGACAAGGAUUACCUGUGUGGUAACGAUUUUACUAUGGCAGAUGUGUUUUUCUAUCCUUAUCUAGCAUUACUAGUUAGAACCGGAGCCUCACUUUCCGGGCAUCCGGCACUGAAGAAGUUCUAUGACAGGGUCAGUAAGAGGCCGUCGGUACAAGCCACAUGGCCCCCACAUUGGAAAGAGAGCGAGGGACCAGGGUAUUUCAGUGAUUUGUAACCUUGAGGCAUUUCUUAAUGAUUCGUAACCUUGAGACAGUCUCGCCUGCUAGACAUUGUUAGACAUUUUACACCUUUUAAUUUGACUGUAUCUAUUUUAUUUUAUAUGGAUGAUAAAUAAGUAAAAAAAAAGACAUAUUAACUUUGUUUUAU